AAGAUGAUUCAAUUGAACCAAAUCCACUUCCUUCACCCCCGCCCACUCCUCUCUCUCUCUCUCUCUCUCUCUCUCUCCACACCCGCCAGACUGAGCUGUUGCGAGCUCCGUCCAACCGUUUCCAAUGGCCGCCGCAGCCUUCUCGAUGAUGGCGCAGUCUCCGUUCCUGAGGCUAAGCCCUUUGCCUUUUCACCAUCCGAUUUCAUUUCUCCCUAAAUGGAAUACCGAAGUUGUCGGGAUCGGGAAUGUGAGGCUAUUCUCUUCUGUUACUCUAAUUCAGUGCAAGAAGAGGAGAACUUUGAUAUGUGCAGUCAAUCAAGAUGCUGAGGAAUCUUAUAAAAAGACUGUAGAAGUGGAUAGAUUGAUAAACAUGCUGAGGGAUGCAAAUACAAAUGAACUUCAGAAGCUUGUGGGUGAGAAUAUCCUUGCCUUCAAUGAAGAUUUUUGGAUACGCCUUGCAGCUAGAAGUGACACCUGCAAAUCAGAGGAUGAUAAAAAAGAUUAUGAGGAACUGGCAGUAUCUGUAAUGAGCGUAGUGGAUCAUUUUGUCCAUAAGACCAAUGAAAAAAUAGAGUCAUCAACUGAUAUACUUAAGGAGAUAUUAAAACCAGUAGUUGGUGAAGGGGAAGAAAUUGCCUGGCCUCCCAGAGAUCCUGAAGCACUAAAGUUAAUGGAGAAAGAAAUAAUCCAAAGGGUGCAAGAGGGGCAACUGGACGAAGGAUUUCUUUCAGAAGUUAAUGCUCAACUACGUCAAGCAAAAGAAGACAAUGAUAAACCUGGGCUUCAGGCCAUGCUGCAGAAAGUCUUGCAACUCUAUGCUUCUACGGUUCUCUCUAAACGUAGUUAUGCAAAGAAAGGUGAUGAAAUUUUAAAGGCUGAGCAGUUUCUUGAGACCAUAAUCAAAGCUCCCGAGGAGGAAUGGAAUAGACUGUUGAUUGAUGGUAUGACAAUUGGUCGAGGGGAAAUUUCACCAGAGGAAUUUUAUGCCAUGGUUAAGAAACGAAUUGAGCGAACAUUGAUCCGUACUGAGGGUGGCUCAUACCAGCAACGUGUUCUUACUGAGUAUCUGAAAGGCAUCCAAUCAAGGGCAGAGGAGAUUAUACAGGUACUCCGGGGAAAGCCACAAUGAUAACAUACAGAAUUGGAAUUGGUAGAAUACGAUAUGUAACGUGCAGCAACUGUGAAAUGAUGAACUCCAUUCUUGUAGCCUCAAAAAACGAGUAAAUUUUACAGUGGAAAACAUGAAACUUCCGAUGCAAAUACCAUGAAUCUUUAAGCAACCAAACCUGCGUGGAGAGCCUUGUGGAAUAACACCUUGAAAUAUUUUGUUGAAAAAAAUUAUAGCUAUGUAGAAUCAACUAUUCUGUAAAUUUUUUUGGCCCUUGUGUGUACAAUUUCUUCGAUUUGGAAACAUGUCUAUAGUAGAAUCUGGCUGGUUGGGAAUAAAGAAACACCAUUAACCUUGA